AUUCGCUCUCGUGUAGCAUCUUUUUUCAGUCAUUCAGAACCUCGAGGAAAGAUCCUAAAGCGCAAAAUGAGUCUCACACCAAAGGACAAGGCCGCAGUUAAGGCCAUCUGGGGAAAGAUCGGCGGCAAGGCUGAUGAAAUCGGAGCCGAAGCCCUCGGCAGAAUGCUGGUUGUCUACCCACAAACUAAGACCUACUUCUCCCACUGGGCUGACCUGAGCCCUGGAUCUGCACCGGUGAAGAAGCACGGAAAGACCAUCAUGGGAGCUGUCGGUGAUGCCGUCGGUAAGAUGGACGACCUGGUUGGAGGUCUCUCAUCUCUCAGCGAACUGCAUGCUUUCAAGCUGCGGAUUGACCCUGCCAAUUUCAAGAUCUUGGCUCACUGCCUUAUCGUUGUCAUUGGCAUGCUGUUCCCAGCAGACUUCACCCCUGAUACUCAGGUGUCUGUGGACAAAUUCUUCCAGAACUUGGCUCUGGCUCUGGCUGAGAAGUACCGUUAAAUUGCGGUGAUGUGCGCACAAAUGUGUGCAAUUCUUUCUCUGACCACACGAGAGUGAAAUAAAAAUUAAAUCAACAAAAGUA